UCUCGAAUGUCGCGUUACACUUUUGACGUUUGACGUUUGACAUUAGACAUUUGACGUUUGAACGUCGAUUCACAAAUUUGUCGAUUAAGCUCGCUUGCCUCGUUCUCGCGCACUUUUCUUCACCUCUCUCGAUCCCGUUCAAAUUUUAAAUAUAUCGGAUCGCCCGCUCGAAUCGUACUGUUCGAACAUGGCGCCGCACCGUGACGUAUAUAAACGAUUUUAACCUAGCUACCGAAAGUGUCGGGGAAGAGUCUCGUCGCGCGAACACAAUAUGCUCAUCGAAAAAACGUGAAGCCGUUCCGCUAGACGCGCAAGGACUACGCUACUCGGGGAAGAACCUCAUACGUCACGCUCGAGCAUCCGGUAAGACUGGGGAAUCGUGGGCUCAAAAAUUCCUCGAUGCACUCGCCACCAGAUGAAGUCUAGCAAGAGCUUAAGUGGGUUAUGGGGAGAGUUACCAUCACGAGAGAUGCUCAAGCAGGAAAUAAUCAUACCAGAUCUCAUAGAAAAUGUCUGGCGACAAGCUAUGGAUAAAACAAACAACACAGAUUGUGAUUACCGGACUGACAGGCAAUCUGAAUAUUUACAAUUACCAAUGGGAAAUUUACAUGUAUUGAAUACCAUAAAUUUUCAUCAACAAUUACGAACAAUGGAAGAAGGAAAUAUGCUUGGAAAUAUGACUGUCAUAGAGGCACAGGAUUCAAAAGAGAAAAUACAUUCGAAAAAUUUAUUUCAUUUUCUACCUUAUCAACCAAAAGGAAGUACAGCUGAAGAUUAUUCUACUGUACAUCAUUUAAUACCACAAACUGCGAGGAAUUUGUUGAGAUAUGCUGUAACUGUUUUGUUGGCUCACAUUGGAUUCGAAAAUUCAUCGGAUAUUGCUAUAGAAACAUUAAUUGAUAUCGCAGAUCAUUUUUUAAGAAGAAUGACCCUCUUAUUGAAAGCAGCGACUGAACAGAGGGAUCAUGGCUUUCCUGAUGCUGUAGAGAGAGUGCUGCUUGAGACAGGUGUGGGGGGAGUAACAGCAUUGCACGACUAUUACCAGGAGUAUGUCUUGAAGUUUGAAGAGAAUAUGAGGAAGCAGGUCGAGGAAACGAUGGAAAAACAGAGGAUGGUCCUAGAUGAAGCAGCUAGCAAACUACAAUUCGAGGAACUAGACGAGUUUGGUAAUGUAUACCGAGAAGUCCCGACGUUACAAUUGCUCGAUCCUGAAAAGGGAUUUCCACCAAGCCUGAACGCUGGCUUCCAAAUGCUCUACAGCCUCGAACAGGAUGAAUUGAAUAGUAUGGAAGUAGAGGAAGAGGAAGUAAACGUGAGCGAUUCGCCAAAUACGGGGCAACGAUCCAUAGAUGGAUCUAUAGAUAAAAAAGAUGUUGAAGUAUUAUAAGAUAUAAAUGAAGAAUUAUAGCAUCGUUUCAUUCAUUCGUGACAUGUGUAUAUAUCUUGGCAUUUCAAAACCAAAAUAAAAGGAUAUUGCGGUUUUGUGGA